AUGUCGCUCCGACCUCCGGUCGUCCCCGCCGGGUUUGAAAUUUCAGUUUCAGGCGGCAUCAAGCGCGCCCUGGUGGCUUACCACGAAGGCCUGGAGUUGAACCACGCACAGCACUUCGCAAACUACAAUCCACAGCAAUAUGGUCAGCCGCCUCCAUUCGACCCCUAUCGACAGUCAACAUAUACCGGUACGGGCUCAUCGCCGGCCUUUUCCGCCUUGACCCCCGAUGGCAAGAUACCGUUUGAUGGGCCGCCACCGGCGGCGAUGGAGAAACCGCCGGGAGACUCAGUGCACCUCAAGAUAGGGAGGAAGAAGCUCUGGUUGAUCUUAGGGUCUCUCGCUGCCGUACUGGUAUUGGGAUUAUCACUUGGUCUCGGCCUCGGCCUGGGUCUGAGUAAGAGCGGUGAUGGGUCGAGCAGCAACGCACCUGCUUCAUCAACACCAAGCCCCUCAUCAACAGCGACCCCAGAAUCAUCAAUAUCAUGCCCAACAUCGAACGGAACAACCUUCACAUCGACAACAGACCCAGCCAAGUUUGACGUAUACUGCGCGAUCGAUUACAACAGCAACGCGGACGCCAACACCCGGGACCUGGUCCACAUGGAGGCAGACAUAGCCGAGGACUGCAUCAACCUGUGUGCCGCGAACGACAGCUGCGUGGGUGCCGGCUGGGGCUUUUACCAGCCGGACACGAGUGUGGCGGGGUCAAAUGUGUGUUGGCUCAAGUCAAAACUGGGGACUUCACACGCGGCGAUACAAGAUUGGGUUUUUGUCAUUAAGCAGUAG